CUAUUGUAAAGUGGCUGUUCCACUGGAUGUCAUAAGGUGAAUGCACCAAUUUGUAAGUCGCUCUGGAUAAGAGCGUCUGCUAAAUGACUUAAAUGUAAUGUAAAUGUUAACUGAAAUUUUCCAACAUGAACUGUGCUAGCUAUCUUAGUUCGCUGCUAGCUUGGUUAGUAUGUUCCUGUGGAUGUAUCGAGCCUGUGGCCUGCUAGAGGUCAUUUUGCAGGGCUCUGGCAGUGCUACUCCUUGCACAAAGGCGGAGGUAGCGGCCCUGCUGCUGGGUUGUUGCCCUCCUACGGCCUCCUCCACGUCUCCUGAUGUACUGGCCUGUCUCCUGGUAGCGCCUCCAUGCUCUGGACACUACGCUGACAGACACAGCAAACCUUCUUGCCACAGCUCGCAUUAAUGUGCCAUCCUGGAUGAGCUGCACUUGUGUGGUUUGUAGACUCCGUCUCAUACUACCACUAGAGUGAGAGCACCGCCAGCAUUCAAAAGUGACAAAAACAUCAGCCAGGAAGCAUAGGAACUGAGAAGUGGUCUGUGGUCACCACCUGCAGAAUCACUCCUGUUUUUGGGGGUGUCUUGCUAAUUGCCUAUAAUUUCCGCCUUUUGUCUAUUCCAUUUGCACAACAGCAUGUGCAAUUUAUUGUCAAUCAGUGUUGCUUCCUAAGUGGACAGUUUGAUUUCACAGAAGUGUGAUUGACUUGGAGUUACAUUGUGUUGUUUAAGUGUUCCCUUUAUUUUUUUGAGCAGUGUAUAACAUUUUACCCCCUUUUUCUCCCCAAUAUCGUAAUAUCCAAUUGGAUUGAAGUGCCUGAUGUAAGUCAUCCUGGUGCAUUCUAAAACCAUUAUAUAGUCUAAUUGAUUUGGUUUGAAAGGAAUUUGAUUUCCAUUGCCAGCAUGAACGACAACAAUGACCGUUUAUAAUGAAAACAAUUUCUAUUAAUUUUCUAGUCUUCUAUUCUUGGAAUUUUAGAGUUGUAGGAUUUUUUUUGUGUGUUUUUGUUUUUCCCCCCCGUUUUCCCCCAGUCUUGUCCCAUCGCUGCAACUCCCGUACAGACUCGAGAGGCGAAGCUCGAGAGCCGUGCGUCCUCCGAAACAACCCUGCCAAGCCGCACUGCUUCUUGACACAAUGCACACUUAACCCGGUAGGCAGCUGAACCAAUGUGACGGAGGAAACACCGUACACCUGGCGACAGUGUCAGCGUGCGUGCGCCCGGCCCGACACAGGAGAUGCUAGAGCUCGAUGGGACAAGGACAACCCGGCCGGUCAAACCCUCCCCUAACCUGGACGACAUUGGGCCGAUUGUGCGUCGCCUCAUUGGUCUCCCGGUUGCGGCCAGCUGCGACACAGCCCAGUAUUGAACCAGGAUCCGUAGUAACACAGCUAGCCCUGCGAAGCAGUGCCUAACACGGAACCCAAACCGGCUGCACGCGUGCGCUAUCGUGUAUACAUUUAUUUUGUCCCCCCACACCAAACGUGAUCACGACACGCAGGUUAAAAUAUCAAAACAAACUCUGAACCAAUGACAUUCAUUUGGGGAUAGGUCAAAAAGCAUUAAACAUUUAUGGCAAUUUAGCUAGUUAGCUUGCACUUGCUAGCUAAUUUGUCCUAUUUAGCUAGCUUGCUGUUACUAGCUAAUUUGUCCUGGGAUAUAAACAUUGAGUUGUUAUUUUACCUGAAAUGCACAAGGUCCUCUACUCCAACAAUUAUUCCACACAAAAAACGGCCAACUGAAUCAUUUCUAGUCAUCUCUCCUCAUUCCAGGCUUUUUCAUCUUUGAACUUAUAUGGUGAUUGGCAUCUACACUUUCAUAGUAUUACCACGACGACCGGCAAAACAUUUAGUCUUUCAAUCACCCAGGUGGGUAUAACCAAUGAGGAGAUGGCACGUGGGUACCUGCUUCUAUAAACCAAUGAGGAGAUGGGAGAGGCAGGACUUGCAGCGUGAUUUGCGUCAGAAAUAGGAAUGACUUCCAUUUUAGCCCUUGGCAUUGCAGACACUCGUUGGCGUACGCAAUAAUUGAAUAACAUGGAUUUCUAAAUUUAUUUUGCUACGCUCGCGCAUGCGACGUGUCCGGUCUGGUCAGCAUGUUAGACCGCUGCCCCACUCAGGAGGCCCCUGUUGAAUUUCUUCUUAAUGAGUUUAAUCCAUAAUCAGUUGGACAUGAGUAGUGCCAUAAGUAUUGAAGCACAGGUGAUUGAACAGGAAGUCCAGUUAAUACUGUAACACUAAUAGUAAUCUUCACUUGCCAGCUGUGCUCUGGCAGUCAGCUACUUUAUUGGGCAUCCAGAACCUAAGGACGGUCUUGAAUAGGAGCACAAGUCUUAGGUCAGCACUUUUCCCUGUCCAGACACUGACUACAGGCAGACAAUGGAGCUGGUUGGUGUUACAGUAGGUUAUGUAGAAUUCCCAGGUUUUCCAGAAAUCCCAUUUGGAAGAAUCCUGAAAUCAGAAGGGAAUAAGCAGGAAAUCUGGUAUCUUCCCAUGUGGAUUUAAAAACAAAUAAAAAAAACAUUAUUUCACCUUUAUUUAACCAGGUAGGCCAGUUGAAAACAAGUUCUCAUUUACAACUGUGACCUGGCCAAGAUAAAGCAAAGCAGUGCGACAAAAAACAACAGAGUUACACAUGGGAUAAACAAAAGUACAGUACAGAUUUAUGGAACACCGUAAUUUAAUUAUUACGGUUUGAUAUGACAUGACUCGGCUACAGUCACAGUUGGCAAAUGGAACUGUUAUGAGGCAUGGGCCCUGGUCAAAGGUAGUGCACUACAUUGGGAAUAGGGUGCCAUUUGGGAUGUACUUUGUGUUGAGAGGUGUGGGUUAUCGGGUUGUUACUAGCCUUAUCACAGUCCUGUCGGUGUCCUAUGAGCUUCCUGAUGCUAUUGACGAGCAGUAGUAUUGUCCCUGUACAUCAUGGACCCUAUUUAUUUAUGGGGGGGGGGGAUUCUCCUCACUCAUGUUUCCCCCAUCAAAGUGUCAGUGUGUCACGUUUACCAAAAGUCCCAACAAGUGUGACUCUACGGUGGGUAAGAUUAGACAUUGUGUUCACACACACGUUAUCCAGUUUGGCCCCAUCAUUCUCCUUUCAUUAUGUCCUUUGUAUUUAACUGCAGUCCCCUCAGUGUUGUACACCUGUUUGUCAUCCUGGUGAUUCAUUGUGUCUCAAAUGACACCCUAUUCCCUAUAUAGUGCUCUACUUUUGGCCAGAGCCUGGUCAAAAAUAGUGCACUACAUAGGGAAUAGGAUAUAAUUUGGGAUGUGUAUACCUUAUGUGCUGUGGGUUCUCACCCUAAUGGCCUCGGGUGAAGGUGAAUGACCCCAUGGCCAUGUAAAAGUGUUUGCUUAUUGCUAUAGUAACGGUGCCCCAAACUGUCAGAAAGAGUAGAUCUCUCCCAGCCAGGUAUUCCAGGUAUGCAUAUGUGACUUAACCCUUAGAUGAAAGGAGCAAUGGUAUUGGAGUACUGUGGAUGGAACCAAUAUUCCUGUGGGCCUCCGGGGCCAAUGUUGUGCAUCUAAGGCUCAACACAGUUCAGUAUUCUAAUUAUGUAUGGAAAUAGCCAUGGUUAUGUGGGUUUGCAAUAGCAGUGAUACAUUUUUAGUGGUUUGUCUUCUGUCAGCUAUUGAAAGCAUUUUUAUUUGCCUUGCUGAACUAUUAUGCCAUGUUUCCUUUUGUUGAUAUUGGUUUUUAAAGGGUAUGAACCUUACUUUGACCAUGUCACGAAUGUGAGGUAUGAAGUAUGACUGACUCGGGGCCAUGCAAAACAUCAUAGCUCAAAUAAACUGAAUAUACAUUCUGCAAUGUGUCCACUGAUAAAGCACCAAUGUGCCUAUCUUGGUGUUCCAAUAAAUAAUUAAUGAAACACAGGUCUGGCUGUGGCUUUGCUGAUAGUGGCCCACUGUUAUUAUUUCAUAGAUGGGAAGCAACAUGGCAUCCUGAUGAUGGAUUACAGAAUGUGUGUCCCAAAUGGCACCAUAUUCCCUAUAUAGUACACUACUUUUGACCAGAGCCCAUAGGUCAUUUGGGACACAAAUAGAAGAAUGCAUUCAGAAAAAGAACAGUUCUGUAGUUAAGGCCAACCUUUUGAUGUUCGUGCUUUGCUUAGAGGGAACUGUUUGUCAAAUUUGUGUACAGAAUAACAACAACGUUUUUUUUCUGUCUUGAUGGUUUAUACAGCAAAAAGGGACUUUCACCCUUGUUGGUUAUUAUAGGCCUUGCACAUCCUGUCAAUUAAAUGUUUUCUCCGACAGGAACCAUUUAUGUUAAUUCCUGUGGCUGAUGGAGAGUCAAUACAAGCAGCACAACUGUUUUCAUUCUCUAGUCCACACCAAGCACAUGUUUAGAUUCCACCUGAGGUUAUACUCUCCAAUUUUGUCUGCAUCAGUUUCUCCUCGUUUUGAUUUCCAACUGAAGAGAAGCUAAUGAAUAAAACAAAAGUAUUUAACUUUUAAUCGAGACCAUGUGUUCUUCCUUGAUAGAUGUGUUUAACAUGUUGUGUUAGUUGAACAAAGACUCAGACUUCGUUGGAAGUAAGCCAUCAUUUGACAGGCUAAAUAGAGUAACAUAAUAUGGAAUUUUGAGAACCAAGUGGAAAAAGAGGACCAAAUUGGAAAUCAGACGCCUUUGGGCAUUAUUGUGUUUUAUCAUCGGUCCUUUUUUAAAAUCCGGCUGGAGCAACUUCAUACUUAUCAAUUCAAUCAAUAAACGAAUGAACCAAUCAGUCUCUCAAUCCAUGUGAAGAUGUGCAGCUCUGUUUGUCCUUAGACAGGCUACUGUACCUUAAUGUGUUCCUACCUUCACUCAUUUUAUCCAUGCAAACAGGAGAAAAAGGAGGGACGCUCACAAACCCAGCCCCAGGGACAGCCAGUGGUGAUUCCACUACCCUCACAAACUGCCCCUCCUACGGCAAAGGCAGCCCAACACGGAAUACAAAAUAUGGGGGAUGUGCAGCUUGUGACGACAACGCGGAUCUCCAAGACCAGCUUGACAUUAGGCAGAGGUUCUCCAAGUCAGGAGUCUCCAACCUUUACUCUUCCACCCCGCAAUGCCCGGGUCAGCCCAGGAGAGACCGCACGCCUUGAUGGGAAGGUGAGAGGACACCCUGAGCCCCAGGUCACGUGGUCCAGGAAUGGGAAAGCAGUGAUAGCUGGAGAGCGCUUCGCCAUUGAACAAAGUAGCCGUGGAACCUUCAGCCUGGUGGUCCAUGGUAUCCAGGAGGAGGAUGCGGGACGUUACACAUGUGAGGCAGUCAACGAUGCCGGACGUCGCCAGGUCACAGUGGAGAUCACUGUAGAAGGGAAUACGGGGAAGAAAUACAGCCUCCCCUGCUCCAGUAGAACAGGCGGGCGGUUUGGAGUUCCAGCGGUGGAGAGCAGGCCCAGUAUUUGGGGGGAGAGCCCCCCCAAGUUUGUGACAAAACCCUCACGUAUUUUUGUCAGAAUGGGACAGACUGGCAAAUUCUCGGCCAAAAUCACAGGACGUCCACAGCCCCUGGUUACCUGGCUCAAAGGAGAUGAAGAGCUCCAAUCUUCUCCCCACUUCAACAUGUUUGAGAAGUCCGGAAUCCACUUCCUGGAGAUCCGAGACGUGUGUGUGGACGAUGCAGGAAUGUACACCUGCUCUGUAGCCAACAGUGCUGGGAAGGCCACAGCUACAGCGGAGUUGAUCGUUCAGGGUUCAGGCAGUGACCCCGGCAUCCUAGGUCCCUCGGCUCUGGUAGCACCUGUCCCAAAGACAACUGACUCACCUGAAGUCAAGCCCACAAGUAAUGGCCUGCUCACAGACCAACGAUCACCUACCAAAACAGGAGACAGGACUGAGACCAGACUCACCGCUCUCACCAGGGAGACCAAAGACAGCACAGAGGUGAUCGUCAAAACUCCAGCAUGGAAGACCAGCGCAGCAUCCCCCAAGACCACCGUCGUGACUUCUCCCAAGCCACCUGCGGACCUGCCAGACAAAGCCCCUAGAAAGCCUGGCGUCUCUCCCCCCAAGGCUGCCAGCUCCACAACCCUGCAGCACCACCUGGGAGGCCAGGGUGCUGCAAGGACCAGCCCUCACCCCCAAAGCAGAGCUCCUGAGAGGGAUACAAGAGAUCUGGUGAAACCCCCCCCAAAGGGAGUCCCAGAGCCGUCUCCAGAGCCCACCAGAGAGACCAGAAGGCAGACCAGAGAGAGCAGGUCAGAGAGGGUAGCAGUGACUGCAGGAACUCAACCCAAAUUUGACUCUGUACCUCAGAGCCAGGACGCUACGGAGGGGACCCCAGUCACAUUCAAAUGCCAAGUCUCAGGUUCUCCUGUGCCUGGCCUGAGCUGGGUUAAAGAUGGCCUCCCUUUGAGACCCAGAGCAGGGCUGACCUUCCACCAGGACGGCAACACACACAUCGUCACUGUGACCAACGUCCAGAAGAGGGACAGUGGAACUUAUGGAUGCACCAUGACCACCAGCACUGGGAAGGUUUCUUCUACUUGGAUCCUCAGUGUCAAAAACCCACGGCUGGAGGGCAAGCCCCCAGCAUUCAGCACAGUCCUGAAGGGAUAUUCAGUGAGUGAGGGCCAGGACUUCCUUCUGCAGUGCUCAGUGGAUGGAAAGCCUCGACCUAACAUCUCCUGGCUCCUAAACGACAAGCCCAUGCCAUACGCCCGCUCUUCCUUUGAGAAUGGCCUGGCCCAACUCACAGUCCAGGGCGCCCUGCCAGAGGACGAGGGCCAGUACACCUGUGUCGCUGAGAACAUCCAUGGGAGAGCCGUGUGUACUGCCAAAGUCAUCAUCAAAGCGAAGAACAGUGCCAAGAGGACGGACCCUCCAAAUGCAGCCGACACCAAGAAGCCAUCGGCCCCUGUAUUUCUCAGAGGUCUGAAGGAUCUAAAAGUCAUGGACGGUAGCCAAGUCAUCAUGACCGUGGAGGUGACGGGGAAUCCUCAUCCAGAGAUUGUGUGGCUCCACAAUGGGAAGGAGAUCCAGGAGUCGGAGGACUUCCACUUUGAGCGGAAGGGGAACCAAUGCAGUCUGUUCAUCCAGGAAGUCUUCCCUGAGGACACUGGGAAAUACACCUGUGAGGCAUGGAACAAAGUAGGGGAGGUUCGCUCUGAGGUCUCACUCACUGUACAAGAGCCCCAGGACGGGGUCCAGCCCUGGUUCAUCACAAAGCUCAAGCCCACCACCGCCUACCUGGGCCAGAAUGUCCUGCUGUCCUGUGCCAUCGCUGGGGACCCCUUCCCCCAGUGGAGCUGGAUUAAGCAGGGCCAGGUGGUGACCACUGACCUGGACUAUGAGAUACUGCAGAAGGAGGAUGUGGUGUCCCUGCUCAUUAGACGAGUCCGGUCCCACCACGCCGGGGACUACGAGAUCAGCCUGAGGAACAAAGUGGGUGACUGCAGUUGUGUUGCCACUCUGGUGGUCAGUGAGGGUGCAGUGGUGUCCAGUGGAGAGCACCAAACCCCUGAGCCUUGUCAGCGUGUGGGAGGAGUGGAUGGGACAGUGCGAGGCAGAGCACCACCAAGCAGCAGCAUUAGCAGCAGCUCCAUUCCGCAGCAGGGGUCAGAAGAGCCAAGCACAGCCCGGGGACUCCUGAAGAGGCGCGUGGAGACCAAGGAGCACCGCGAGGACCAGAUCCGCCUGCAGGAGGCUGAGCAGCGCGACUUCCGCACGGUGCUGGGCAGGAAAGUCACCACCAAGAGCGUCUCCGAGGAGGACUUGAAGGAGAUCACGGCGGAACAGAUGGACUUCAGGGGCCAGCUCCAGCCCAGAGGGGGCAAGCCCAAGACACUGUCUGAAGAUGAGAGGAAGGUCAACGCUCCCACGCAGGUGGACUUUAGAGAUGUCCUGGGGAAAAAAGGGGGCACCACCGCCACCUCCCCGAAACCAGGUACUGCUCCUACUGAGAAAGGAGAGCCUACAGAUUUCAAAUCGGUUCUGGCCAACAAGAAGAAUCAGACGAACUUGGAGAAGAAUGGGGAGGGCCCUGCUCCAGAAGCAGCAACACCGAAAGUCCCUGCUGCCACUGAGAAGGAGAAGAAUGCCAUCAACUGCGUGGCAGGUGGGAUUAUUGAUAAGAGUAACAACAUUGGAAAGGAGCCUUCGUUCAGUCAGAAGCUGAGUGAUAUGAGCGUGGUGGACGGGGCUUGCCUGAGGCUACAUUGCCAAGUGACCUGUGACCCCCCAGCUAUUACCUGGACUCUAGACGGGAAGGUCAUCAAGCCCUCCAAGUUCAUCAAGCUGUCCAACGAAGGAGGGCAGUGCUCCCUGACCAUCGACAAGGCCCUGCCCGAGGACGAGGGCCAGUACAAGUGCCGGGUGGAGAACUCGGCCGGUAAAGCAGAGUGUUCCUGCAUGGUGCUGGUGGAUGAUCCUACAGACACAAACUCGACAGCAGCUGACAAGAAGAGCAAGAAGCCAUCCAUCCCUACCUCCGAGAGUGAGGCAAGGAUAAAGAAACCAAAUACAAAGACUCCUCCCAAACAGGCUAUACCACCUCAGAUUGUUCAGUUCCCAGACGACAUGAAGAUCCUGGCAGGAGAGAAGGUGGAAAUUCUCUGUAAGUUUGGAGGAGCUCCACCAAUCAAAUGCACCUGGCUCAAGUUCCGCAAACCAAUCCAAGAGGUCAAAGGUGAUUUAACCAUUGAAACCACUGAGUCCAACAGUAAACUGACCAUCGCUGACAGCCAGCAGGAGCACUGUGGCUGCUACACCGUAGAGUUGCGAAACAACUACGGCGUGAGACAGGCUGCUCUCAACCUCACCGUUGUUGACAAACCUGAUCCCCCUGCCCGUGUUCCAGCCGCCUCAGACAUCCGCCGCUCCACCCUCACUCUGUCAUGGUACGGCCCCACCUACGACGGGGGCAGCGCCGUCCAGUCUUACAACCUAGAGAUAUGGAAUUCUGUGGACAACGAGUGGAAGGAUCUGGUCUCCUGCAACAGCACCUUCUAUAAUGUUCACAAUCUGCUGGGUCAACGCCAGUACAAGUUCAGGGUGCGGGCUGUCAAUAUCUACGGUAUCGGCGAGCCCAGUGCAGAGUCUGAGCCUGUCACAAUGCUAGAGGAGGAUGUAGAGGAAAAGGAGGAGGUUGAGGAUGAUGAAGACAAAGAGCCAGACUACAGAGAUGUGACCGUUAGAACCGAUGUUAAAGUCAAGGAUCUGUAUGAUGUGGAAGAGCGCCUCGGAACGGGGAAAUUCGGACAAGUAUUUAAACUUUUGGAGAAGGCAACGAAAAAGCAUUGGGCUGGAAAGUUCAUCAAGGCCUACUCUGCGAAAGAGAAAGAUAAUGUGAGACAAGAGAUUGCUAUAAUGAACUCCCUCCAUCACCCCAAACUUGUCCAGUGCAUUGAUGCCUUCGAAGGCAAGUCGGACAUCGUCAUGGUUUUGGAAAUGAUCUCUGGUGGGGAACUGUUUGAGCGUAUCAUCGAUGAGGACUUUGAGCUGACAGAGAGAGAGGUGAUCAAGUACAUGCUGCAAAUCGUGGACGGGGUCCAUUACAUCCACAAGCAGGGCAUAGUCCAUCUGGACCUGAAGCCUGAGAAUAUCAUGUGUGUCAACAAGACUGGGAGCACCAUCAAACUCAUCGACUUUGGCCUCGCACGCAGACUAGAAAACUCUGGAACGUUGAAAGUUCUUUUUGGAACCCCUGAGUUUGUGGCCCCAGAAGUGAUCAACUAUGAAGCAAUCAGUUACCCAACAGACAUGUGGAGUAUAGGAGUCAUCUGUUACAUCCUCGUGAGUGGCCUGUCCCCGUUCAUGGGGGACAACGACAACGAGACCCUGUCCAACGUGACCUCGGCCACCUGGGACUUUGAAGACGACGCCUUCGAUGAGAUCUCAGACCACGCCAAAGACUUCAUCACCAUGCUGCUGAAGAAAGAUAUGAAGGCCAGACUAACAUGUGAUCGCUGCUAUGAACACCCAUGGCUAAAACAAGACACUGGCAAAAUGGAGGCCAAGAAGCUGUCCAAGGAAAGGAUGAAGAAAUACAUCCUGAGAAGGAAAUGGCAGAAAACGGGACAUGCAGUGCGGGCCAUAGGAAGACUGUCGUCCAUGGCGAUGUUGGCGGGCGUCAGUGCCAAGAAGGGCUCCCCUAUCGAAGAGGACAAUCAGUUCCUUGAGUUUCUGGAGUCUGAGGAGAGAACCCAGGUCAAGCCCACCUUCAGCUCCAUGAUAAAGGAUGUGGAGGUGGUGGAGGGGAGCGCAGCCAGAUUUGACUGCAAGAUCGAGGGCUACCCUGAUCCAGAGGUGGUGUGGUACAAAGACGAACAGCCCAUCAAGGAGACGCGCCACUACCAGAUUGAUUACGACGAGGAGGGAAACUGCAGCCUGGUGAUCUCUGAGGUGAAUGGCGACGACGAUGCCAAAUACACCGUCAAGGCUGUCAACAGUCUGGGCGAGGCCACGUGCACAGCCGAACUCCUGGUGGAGGUGAUGGCGGAGGAGGAGGAGGAAGAGGAAUGAGUGGUACAACCAGUACAAAACAAACCGAUAUCCCCUGUUUUUAGCUUUUACUAUCUUUUUAAUAGCUGUGUUGGUAAUACACUCCCCUUCUCCGACACACUCUGAAAUGGGGGGAAUGGGCUUCAUUACCUUUUGCUAUGAUUAUGCACUUUCCUACUUAUCAGUUAUAGUAGAUAUCAGAUGUUGAUAUUUAUAACAUUACCUUGGCAUUAACCGCAUUCCAGCUGUUUGUGUGUGAUCCAUUUAUUUGAUUUGCUCAAUUUACAGUAUCUACGGUUUUCUCCCAUCAACCAAACAAACCCGAAGUCAGUGGCGUGUUUGUGGGUUGUUCCACCAAUUCGGUGCCUUUUGAGAAGUGUAACUUGGUCAACAUUUUUUUUUUUUUUUUUUCACCAAAUGAUAACUUUGUCAUGGAGUGCACAUGUUCAACUUAAUAACAAACACAUUUGUCUAAGUGUGUAAGUGCCAAAUAAUGUAACACGGUUGACAAUUUCAUCUUAUAUCGGCCAUGAAUCCCCUAGUGACGGGGGAAUGGAAGUUUGUGUGCAACAGGGAGUGGCAAUUGAAUGCAAGCUUCACAAAAACAUGUUUAAUUGUUAAACCAUUUCUAGCCUGUCUUAUUUAUGCGUAACAGAGUUGAUGUGUUAUGGCUGACCCACUCAGUUUUCCACCACAGGAGUAGAAAGCAGCUCCCCUGCUUUUACACUAUGAUUUGAUUGUUAGAUGUUUAAUGUUUCUUUUGAAAAGAAUAUUUCAACAUGUAUCGUUUCACCAUUAUUUGAACGAGUUCAGUUCACGUAACAAGGUUGACCUUAAAAUGAGGGACAGACAUAUGAGUCACUAAUCACAUUAAAUAAAUGAUCAUCUUCACAAAUGGCUUUGUCAAAGCUGCAAAAUAACUAGGGCUUUACAAUGAUGGUGAAAUUUUGGUGUUAAGUGGGUUCAACUGUUCCUAGAAGUCAGAGGGUGCACAUCAUGGUACAUGUCAACAUGCAGAAUUUAGCCACUUUAGCAAGUCAUUAUUUAUAUAAAAAAUCCGUGAUUUGAAUUGUCCAUGUGGUCUGUUAAAGGGCACUUCAUUUAAUAUAACACAAGGGUCAAUUCCAUAUUGGUGACAGAUUUCUACUUAUAUAAAAAGGCACUAAUUUUGUGGAAUGACCCUUGUGUUUUAUCAGCAUUAUGGUAUUUGCAAUUACCUGGGCUUUUAGAAGGUUUUUUAAAGUUAUUUAAGCACAGUCUUGUUAUCAUAUUUGAGCAUCAGUUUUGUGAUCUUCCUUGCAAGCACGUGUCCACCAUAUUACACAUUUGCAAUACUAAACAGACCAGUGAAUUAUCACACACAGAUUUUAAUUUUGUAUUUGAUGUGUGUAGAUUAUAUUUCUUCAAUUUUUAUAAAUGUAUCAGUAUGAGAGAUUACAUGUAAUGAGAACACUACAAGUGUAGUUGCUCACGGUUACAAAAUAAAUUAUCACAAAAUCAA